UUAAACACUUAAUAAUCCAAUGGAUGUGAGUGCGAGCUCUUCCGUCGAUCUCGAGGUUUGUUAAAAGAGCUAUCCCACUUAGGGAAAUUGGAUUAGUGUAUAAACUAUCCUUAUCUAAUGUCAACUAAGUUUUAUUCGCGUACGUGCGAGAAAUUUUCGCAAGAUCCGCGUUUGCCUCGUCGAAUAUUUCUCGCCGCGAACCAUCCUCAAAUAUCUUUGCUAUUAUACUUUUCAGAUAAUCUGCAUUUAAAUCGCGAAAAUAUCGCCUUGAGCCACUUUUUCUUCGGUUAAUCGCGAAAUAAAGUAAUCGCGAAGAAAAGUUGGUUUACAGAAUCUAAGUUAGCUUGAAGUGUUUCAUUGUGAAAUGGCAAUUAAAGUAAAACGAUGUAGUUCGUUUGUAAUGUACCUGAAACACGUGCAUAUAAAUCACCAUAAGUGUAUGCCUUGGCAACUUUAUAAAUACAUCAAAGUUACUUCGAUGUAGACUUUUUUCUUCUCAAAUUACUUGAAACCGUAGAAAAAAAUACUCAUUAGAGACACAUGUACAUGUACGAUCAUCAAUAUCAGUUUUUUUCUUCAAAAUAUUAAAAUCUGAGGAAACAAUUGAGCUAAGUUUGUGCACAAAUCAAGUUCAAUAAUUUAAAUUAUUUAAAUUGCCGUGAUAAAAACGAUAAAAUCGGUUUACCGAGGUGCAGAGUGCAAGAAAUGCAAUAUCUACGUGCACUCAAAUUCAAUAAAAUGCUAUUCUGUGUAGAUUGAAAUCCAAUUUCACAAAGGAUUUUAUUACUAGGAUAAUUUAAGUAUCAAUAUUUCGCAAUGACGAAACUGAUUAAUUUCGACUGUGAACAAAGGACGCCAAUUAAAAUCAUAUCGGAGACGAUUAAUUCAAAAUGUUCCAAUUCAACUGUCAUGCAAUAAGGUUUAUCGAUACAGACUUUAAACCUUUUCAGCUUGCAAUUUUUUUGUUGAUCCACGUACAUUAAAAAGAGUCGGGAUAUAAAAUUAACACCAAGACAAUUAGGCGAGAUAUAUCUUAAUCAGGUUUAAAACCCAGUGACCCAGAAAUGCAAAACUUCAAAUUGAUAAAAAAAAAAUAGAUCGAUGGAAUGCCAGUAUAAUCUGGUGCAUGUCAUCCUCGCUCCUUUGUCCACAAGUGUAAAGCCGGUUUCGAUCCAUCUUAUAUCUUAAUUAGGUCAGUGUUUCUAACGAAAGAAGGGGUUUGAUGAGGGAAUAGGAAUACACCCCGAGUCACCAUGAGCAUAAUAGCAAAGCGGCAUUAUUCCCUGGCCGCAAGGCGGUCAUCCAAUCAUGAUAUACUACAAAACAGGCGUCGCUCAUCCGCGUGUGAGGUACAUCUAGCAAUGGAGGAAGUGCGACAGCUUGAUCGUCGCCAUGUUUUCCACGAAAAAGAGAAGGUCAUCAACGAGUCGAGCGAGUCUCGGGUUUCCAUGGAGACUGGCGGUGAUAUACAGACCGGAACUAUGAUGCCGUAUGAACAACUGAUGCAUGCUAUCGCCAUUAAAAGCUUCCCAAACGUAGCCAUUGCUGUACAGGAUAUACUCACGAACCAGGAACCAGUUCUCAACAAACGCAAGCUCGCACUAUAUCUGGAAACCAUCAACACCCAAAAUGUCCCCAUCAUUCGUGAAGUCAUGUCUGCUAUAAGACCUUGUGCUUUAUUUCCAAAACAUUACAAGUAUACACUCAUGAUGAAAGCUGUUGCAACCAGGGAUUCGGAUAUCGUCGACGCUGUCUGCAAACAGAUGCUUCCAAGAUGCAAGUUAUCAAAAGAGGACACGGUUCGACUUCUGAGAGAAGUGUUAGGCAUGGAUGAUAUACGUCCCAUGACAUCUAUAUGUGGGUCUUUGAAAAACCAAAGAGCCGUGGAAAGAGACCAUGCCUACUGUCUUCUUCUUCAAGCUGUAAAAUCUGGAAGUCCUACACGGGUGAUUUAUAUCCUUCGUGUGAUAAGACCAAAGAAGGCCUUAACCUUGCAACAGAGUUCCACCCUCAUGAUAUCCUCAAUAGAGUCGGGUAAUUUGGAAACAGUUCAUAUUAUACUUAAGUUACGCAAGAAAUAUCCCACCAAAAUGAUUGAAAAGUGUCUUUACCGAGCUUUGACAUCCAGUGCAGAUAUUUUCUUGCAUCUGAUACACGAAAUAAAACCACGAAUUUCCAAUCUUGCGUUAGACGAACUUUUAAACAAAACGUACAUCAUUAACGGAAACCGAGAAGCGACCUGUCACAUUCUAAGACACUACCCAACCCCGUCAGAUGUUGCAAGUAAAUUUCUCAAAGUCUUCAUGCGAGACAAUGACACAGUUUUGGUCCCUGUCAUAUUGACCCACGUCGCCAAUCUGACCAAUGAGGAGGUCCAGUGUAUCUGUCGAUUGUCCUUGGACACCUGCUCAAACUUGUUCAUAUUCUUCACCGGGACUCACAGCUGUCCCGGAGAAGCAGUUACAGAACUCUUUGCCGACCACUUUCAACAAGCAAAUAUCGAGAAUGGAAAUAGAGCUAUGUUCCAAACAGAAACCUUGCCCGACACCAUCGUUCACUUAAUUCGAUCAUUACAGUAUUCAGAAUCAAAAAUCAUGAAGAGCCUUCUCCUGCAUUUUGCAAAAUCAGACAAUGUACCUGCCCUGCGAUUAUUCUGUAAUUCUUUCAUGAGGACUGAUAAGGAUAAACACAUUUUCCAUGUAAUUGACACUCUCCUGUCUAUAUCUUCAGACACUGAAGGUAUUGAGUGUUUGUUGAGUUCCAUUCGAUCUCCCUCACCCAAAUUGCUCACCAAACUUGACGCCAUUGUUAACAAAAGUAAAGUUGACCCAAACCUAAUUGAGAUGGUCCAACAUUACAGACAAAAAUUAAAACAUGUUGAAACAGAACUUUAAAAAAAUCUCUGUUUUGCAUCCUACAGUUUUUGUUCUUCUUGUUAAAAUGCAUGUAUUUCAGUAAUUUCAGUCAAGUCAUUUGUUUAUGCGACAGGUAGACUUUUAGGACCACUCAAAAUGAGUAAGAAGGUACAUAUAUUGUUGAUUUGAUUUUCCUCACGUUUUUUUUUAAAACACCGAUUGAAACAAUAAAAUCAGUUUGGUUUUUGCCCAUGUUUCUCUGUAAU